AUGGAUUUUAGCCUCGGGAAAGGGGGCGUCAGUGUUACUCGCCGACGGUUUAAAGCCGCCAACAUUUCUGAUGACCAAAACUAUCAGCAUUUUCGACGGCCAAAGGCGAUGGCAUUUCCGACAACUAAGGCUGAUCGCAAAAGCCCAUAUUCCAUGGAAGAAGCUGAGUUUCUUUGUGAUCGUGUUAGUAUCAUGUUUGGUGGCAGCAUGCAGUGCAUUGGUAACUCAAAAGAGCUUAAAACAAGAUAUGGAGGAUCAUGUGUAUUGACUAUCUCAACAAAUCCCAAUCACAACAAGGACGUCGAAGACAUGGAUAUUGAUCAAUUGCACCUAAAUUGA